AUGCACUGCUGGGCGUGGAAAGUGAGCGGCAACAGCAGCUUUGAAUUUGGCGUCAUUCGAGACGAUGAGAAGAACCAUCCGGAAUCCCUUCAUGUGCGGGGCUUGACAGGCUUCUACUCCUCAUCAACUUGCGGAAGUCGCCUGCCGCGCCCAAUUCGUGUGCCAUCCAGUGGCGUUGUGGAGGUGCAGUGCUCCAUCGACACGGAGCAGGUGGUGUUUCUGGUCAACGGCCGUAAACAACUGCAACAGCCUCUCAACUUGCGCAAUUGGUCGAUCGGCGAGCCUAUCCGCUUGGCUAUUACGCUUUGGAACG